AUGUGGAGGGACGCCGGCGGCUCCGCCGCUUCGCCGUCCGCCUACCGCGUCGCCCCUUCACACGGCGGCAGCUCGAAGGACAAGAGGAAGAGGCACCGGCCGGCCGGGCGACCCCAUGGGGCAGCGGUGAGAAAGAAAAUGAAGCUUUUCUCGGAGUCGCAUAAAACAGUUUUUGUGGUAGACCACUGCCCCUACAUGGCAGAAUCCUGUCGACAACAUGUUGAGUUUGAUAUGCUGGUAAAGAAUCGGGCGCAGGGAAUCAUACCUCUCGCCCCUAUCUCUCGAUCCCUCUGGACCUGUUCAGUGGAGUCCUCCAUGGAAUACUGCAGGAUAAUGUAUGAUAUAUUCCCGUUUAAAAAACUAGCGAACUUCAUUGUAAGCGAUUCUGGAGCAAACGUCUUAAACUCGUGGAACCAGGAAGACCAAAACUUGCAGGAGCUAAUGGCCGCUUUGGCCGCAGUCGGGCCUCCCAAUCCUCGCGUGGACCCAGAAUGCUGCAGUAUCCUACACGGCUUAGUAGCGGCCGUUGAAGCUCUUUGCAAAAUUACCGAGUACCAGCACGAGGCUCGGACCUUGCUAAUGGAGAACGCCGACCGUGUGGGAAACAGAGGGCGGAUCAUCUGCAUUACUAACGCAAAGAGCGAUAGCCAUGUACGAAUGCUUGAGGAAUUUGUCCAGGAAACAAUAAACGAACACAAUAAGUUAGCGGCUAAUUCUGACCAUCUCAUGCAGAUCCAGAAAUGCGAGCUGGUUUUAAUUCAUACUUAUCCUGUUGGAGAAGAAAGCCUUGUAUCCGAUCAUCUUAAAAAAGAGCUCUGCCCUGUUUUAACCAGCGAAGUCCAUAGCGUUCGGGCUGGACGUCACCUGGCCACCAGGCUGAACCUUUUAGUUCAGCAGCAUUUCGAUUUGGCUUCCACCACUAUAACUAACAUCCCGAUGAAGGAAGAGCAACAUGCCAACACCUCUGCCAAUUAUGAUGUGGAACUGCUACAUCAUAAGGAAGCCCAUGUAGACUUUUUAAAAAGCGGUGAUAAUCACAUGGGUGGCAGCAGCAAAGAGGGAACUUUCAAAGAAACCAUCACUUUAAAAUGGUGUACCCCCAGAACAAAUAGUGUCGAACUGCAUUAUUGCACCGGAGCGUACAGAAUAUCCCCCGUCGAUGUGAACAGCCGGCCUUCUUCUUGCCUAACCAACUUUCUUCUUAACGGCCGUUCUGUAUUGUUGGAGCAACCCCGCAAGUCUGGCUCUAAAGUAAUCAGUCACAUGCUGAGCAGUCACGGAGGGGAGAUAUUCCUGCACGUGUUAAGCACUUCUCGAUCCAUUCUGGAGGAUCCCCCUUCCAUAAGUGAAGGAUGUGGGGGCCGAGUCACCGACUACAGGAUUACCGAUUUUGGUGAAUUCAUGAGAGAAAAUAGGCUCGCUCCUUUCCUAGAGCCUAGGUACAAGAACGAUGAGAGCCUCGAGGUUCCCUUGGAACGUGCCAAAGACCAGCUGGAGAAACACACCCGUUACUGGCCCAUGAUUAUUUCACAGACCACCAUAUUCAACAUGCAGGCGGUGGUGCCACUCGCCAGCGUCAUUGUCAAAGAAGCCCUGACGGAUGAAGAUGUACUCACCUGUCAGAAAACCAUUUACAGUCUGGUAGAAAUGGAAAGGAAAAAUGAUCCCUUGCCCAUAUCCACCGUUGGAACGAGAGGGAAGGGCCCGAAAAGGGACGAACAGUACAGGAUCAUGUGGAAUGAACUGGAGACCCUUGUUAGGGCUCACAUCGCCAACUCGGAUAAACACCAGCGGGUCUUGGAGUGUCUUCUGACUUGCAGAAGUAAACCUCCUGAAGAAGAAGAGCGCAAGAAACGAGGCAGGAAGAGAGAAGAAAAAGAGGACAAGUCCGAGAAAGCGGGGAAAGAUUAUGAAUCGGAAAAAUCUUGGCAGGAAUCAGAAAGGUUAAAAGGUUUAUUGGAUCGUGAAAAAGAGGAACUUGCAGAAGCAGAAGUCAUUAAAGACUCACCGGAUUCCCCGGAGCCCCCCAACAAGAAGCCCCUUGUUGCAAUGGAUGACUUGCCAGGGCCGGAAAAAAACAAAGGGCCAAUAUCCCUUCUGUCCCUUUGGAGCAACAGGAUUAAUGCUGCAAAUUCUAGGAAGCAUCAAGAAUUUAUUGGCCGCUUAAGUUCUGUCAACAAUAAAGCCGAGCUGUACCAGCAUCUUAAAGAGGAGAACGGAAUGGAAACCACAGAAAAUGGGAAACCCAGCCGGCAGUGAAUUCUGUUCACGAUCUGUAAACUUUGAAUGCCUGAUUUGAUAUCUCUAUCUAACUGUACAGUUCUGUUACUUCGAUUGCUUUUUACAUUUUUGUAAUAAUUUUAGCGCUUUUGUAUGAAAAUGCAAAAUAAAAUAUACUAUUUGUUCCAAACCCCA